UGCACGACAACAGCCAAAGAGGGAUGGAACUUUGCACCUAGUGACAUGUAAUAGACAGGGUCCCUGUCAAAGAGCAGAUCUAAGUUUAACACUGGACGGAUACAGAGACUGAAGCCGGAAUAAGGGACUGUCUGGGACGCCUUGUUUUCACUAUACUAAUUGUUAGUACGAGUUGUAAUUUUUUUCUGGAGUUGCUGUUUUAAUAGGACAAAGACAUGAAUGUUCAAAAGUGUGCCAGGUGUGGGUUUGUGGUGUACCCCGCAGAGAAGAUCAAUCUGAUCGGUCAGAAUUGGCACAAAGCAUGUUUUCACUGUGAGGUCUGUAAGAUGGUUUUGACUGCCAAUAACUAUGUCAGCUAUGAGAAAAGGCCUUUCUGCCAAGUCCAUAAUCCAAAGAAUAACACAUUUACUAGUGUCUAUGAGACUCCAAUCAACAUCAAUGCCAAGAAACAGACUGAGGCAGUCAGUGAGAAUAAAUACAGAGAGGAAGGAGAACGUUUUAUGUCCACUUUCCACUAUGACAUGAGAUCGAAAGAAAUCGAUCAGGCUCAUAAAGCCAGCCAGCUUGCUAGCCAGCAAGGUUAUCAAACUGAGUUUGUGGGCCAACAGUCGUGGUACUCCGGCAGCGUCACCAGCCAGGAAAUUGUGCGGGUGUCCCAGGCACAGAAAACCAUCAGUGAUGUUGAAUAUAAGCGAGGCCACGAGGAACGUGUGACGCAGUUUUCCUCUGUGGCAGACACACCUGAGAUCAUGCAUGCCAAGACUGGAGUCUCACUGGAUAGUGAUGUGAAAUACACAGAGGAAUAUGAGCAGUCUAAAGGAAAGGGCAGUUUUCCUGCCAUGAUCACUCCGGGAUAUGAAAUGGCAAAGAAGGCAAAUACACUGGCUAGCAAUUUGGAAUACAAAAAAGGACACGAAGAAAGACUGUCCAAGUACACCACUGUGACAGACACACCUGAUGUUCUUCUAGCUAAAAACCAAGGGAAGAUUGCUAGUGAUUAUGUCUACACCGAGGGGUAUGAGCAACACAGAGGCAAAGGCAGUUUCCCAGCCCACUUCACCCCUGGAUACCAGGUGGCCAAAAAAGCAGGAGAGAUGGCCAGCAAGGUAAAGUACAAACAGAAAUACGAGCAGGAGAUUAAAGGAAAGGUCAGCACUGAUGCAAGGGCCGCAGAAUUCGCUCUGGCCAAAGAGAACGCAGAACAUCUCAGUCAGCAUGUCUACACGGAAGAGUAUGAACAGCACAAAGGCAAGGGCAGCUUUCCUGCCAUGAUAACCCCUGCAUACCAUAUGGCUAAGAAAGCCCACGACAUAGCCAGCAAUGUUGAAUACAAGAAGGACCUUGAGACCACCAAAGGCCACAGCAUCAACUACUGUGAGACGCCACAGUUCAAGAAUGUGUCAAAGAUCGCCAAGUAUACCAGUGAUAAUAAAUACAAAGAGAAGUACACAAAUCACAUGAAGGGGCACUAUGAAGGGGGUGGCAUCGACAAGAAGACCAUGCACGCCAUGAAUGUCAGAAAGCUGGCCAGUGAUAUUGCCUACAAGUCAGAAUAUGAGCAAGAGAAGAAUGUGCAGGGUGAGUACAACUACCCAGCCACUAUUACCCCAUCCUACCAGUCCCAAAAAAAACUGGAGCCGCUCAAAGAUCAAAACUAUAGACAACAUAUUGACAAACUAAAAUUCAGCCAGGUUACGGACACCCCUGAAAUAGUGCAAGCCAGAAUCAAUACCCAACAACUCAGCAAUUUGAACUACAAAGCCAACUAUGAGAAGACAAAGACCCAGUACACAUUAUCCCAAGAUACACCAGAGUUUAAAAAGGCCAAAGCCAAUGCAGAGCUUGUCAGUGAUAUCAAAUACAAGGAGAACUGGGAGAAAAACAAAUCUAAGGCAUGUGACAUUGGCCUUGACACAUUGACACUAAAAGCUGCCAAAGCCUCCCGAGAUCUUGCCAGCGAUAUCAAGUACAAGGAGUCACAUAUGAAGAACAAAGACAAAGCUAUUGGAAUGGAUGUGAGUGAUUCUAAAACACUGCAUUCGCUUCAGGUGGCCAAAUUGAGCAGUGAGGUUGCCUAUAAAAAAGGAUCUAAGGAGACUCAGUCCAAGUGCCACCUACCUUUGGACAUGGUGAAUCUGAGCCAUGCUAAGAAGGCUCAGGCCCUUGCUAGUGACUUGGACUACAGGAAGAAGCUACAUGACUAUACCGUCCUGCCUGAUGACAUUAAAGUGCAGCAAGCUAAGAAGGCCUACCAAUUACAGAGUGACAACCAGUACCGAUCAGACCUAAACUGGAUGAAGGGAGUGGGUUGGGAGGCUGACGGCUGUCUGGAUGUGGAACAGGCCAAAAAAGCAGGAGAACUUCUCAGCGAGAAAAAGUAUCGCCAGAAGGUGGACAGGGUUAAAUUUACGCAAGUCGCGGACACCCCCUCCAUCAAACAUGCCAAGAAGAGCCAGGAGCUACAGAGUGAUCUGGCAUACAAAGCGGGCACCGAGCAGCUAAUGCAUCAAUACACUAUGAACAAGGAUGAGCCUCUCUUCAAACAAGCCAAAGCCAAUGCAGAACUUCUUAGUGGAAAGUCAUAUAAGAGUAGCUGGGAGGAACAGAGGGAGAAAGGUUUUGACCUUGGCAUGGACUCAGUUUCCAUUCUCACCGCCAAAGCCACACGAGAUCUCGCCAGCGAUGUGAAAUACAAGCAAGAAUACGAAAUGGCAAAAGGGAAGAUGAUCGGCGUGAAGGCCGUUUCUGAUGAUUCUCAAAUGGCUCAUUCCAGCCUGGCCACCAAACUCCAGAGUGACCUCAACUAUAGGAAAGAGUAUAAGGACGCCAAGACCAAAUACAGUGCCUCACUCGAUAUGAUGACACUCACCCAUGCAAAGAAAGCCCAGGAACUGGCCACUGAGACAAACUAUAAAACCUUCCUUCACAAGUACACCACCCUACCCACUGAUAUGAAACUAGAGUGGGCCAAGAAAGCUUACGGCUUACAUAGUGAUAAAAAGUAUCGUUCUGACCUGAACUGGAUGAAAGGGGUGGGCUGGGAGGCCUCAGGAUCUCUUGAUGUACAGCAGGCCAGAAAAGCUACAGAUUUGGCCAGUGAGAAUAAGUACAGACAGCAUGUAAGUGCUCUGAAGUUCACUAGCGUGGAGGACACACCAGAGAUGGUGCAGGCCAAAAUCACCAGCAAACUGGUUCUUGAUAGGUUGUACAGAGAGAAGGGAGAAAACGAAAUGCACAAGUACACACUUACUGGAGACUUACCAGAGCAUGUGCAGGCCAAGAUCAAUGCUAUGAACCUUAGUGAGUCACGUUACAAAGAGUCCUGGACAAAGAUCAAAGAUGCCGGCUACAAGUUACGUCUGGAUGCUAUUCCAUUCCAGGCGGCCAAAUCGUCUGCAGAAAUCCUCAGUGAUCAAAAGUACAAAGAACAGUUUGAGAAAACCAAGGGGAGGAUGAUUGGUCUAAAGGGACUGGAGGAUGACAUAAACAUCGCACACACUGUGCAUGCCACAAAGAUACAGAGUGAUAUCAAAUACAGAAAGGACUCUUCGAAGGCACUUUCUCAGUUCCAUCUGCCCAUGGACAUGCUGGACGUGCUCCAUGCUAAGAAGGCUCAGUCUCUGAUCAGCGAUCAGGACUACAAACUAAUAUUGCACAAAUACACAACACUGCCCGAUGACAUCAAAGUGCAGGCUGCCAAGAAAGCAUAUGAACUGCAAAGUGAGAAACUCUACCGAUCUGAUCUGAACUACUUACGUGGUGCUGCCUGGAUUGCCACUGGUGCUCUACAGAUUGAGGGAUCCAAACGGGCCACAGAUUUAAUCAGUGAGAAAAAGUAUCGCCAGCAACCCUACUCUUUCAAGCACACAUCUGUAACGGAUUCUCCAGACAUUGUACAUGCUAAGAUCAGUGGCAGGGUCAACAAUGAGCGUUUGUACAAAGAAAAGGGGGAGAACUUCAGGCACAACUACACCAUUACAGCAGAGAGACCUGAAAUCAUGCAGGCCAAGAUUAACGCCGCUAACUUCAGUGAUGUUAAGUACAAAGAGUCCUGGCAUACACUCAGAGCUCAGGGUUAUAAACUCACCAUGAAGGAUAUCCCCUUCCAGGCUGCCAAAGCUUCCACCAGCAUUGCUAGUGAUUACCAAUACAAGCACAACCACGUGUUGGAGAAGGGCAAGCACAUUGGUUCCCGCAGCGUUCUGGAGGACUCGCAUUUGAUGCACUGCUUGGAGAUGGGCCGUCUGCAGAGCGACCAGAACUACCGUAAAGACGCCAUGUCCAUCAACAGUCAGUAUCAGCUGCCCCUAGACAUGGUGAACCUGGUUCACGCCAAGAAGGCCCAGGCUUUAGCCAGUGACCAGGAUUACAAGACCCACAUGCACUCGUACACCACCCUGCCCGAUGACAUGAAGGUCCAGUGGGCCAAGAAGGCAUAUGAACUGCAAAGCCAGAAUUUAUACAAAUCAGAUCUGAACUUCAUGAAGGGAGUGGCUUGGGAUUCAGUGGGUGCAGCCCAGCAUGAGUAUGUAAAGAAAGCUGGAGAACUUAUUAGUGAUAAGAAGUACCGUCAACAUCCAGACAGUCUGAAGUUCACCCAGGUGGCUGAUUCACCGGAUAUCAUCCAUGCAAAGAACAGCUACAUACAAUGUAGUGAGAGGAUGUAUAAGUCUGGAGACUCUAAGUCCAUGCACAAGUACACUUUACACCAUGAUCAUCCAGACUUCAUCAGAGCAAAGAUCAACGCACAGCAAAUUAGCGACAAAGUUUAUAAAAUGUCAGGUGAGCAGGUUAAAGCAGCAGGUUAUGACCUCAGGUUAGAUGCCAUCCCCUUCCAAACAGCCAAGACUUCUAGAGAAAUUGCAAGUGAUUUCCGCUACAAGGAGGCAUUUGUGAAGGAUAAGGGCCAUCAGGUUGGCCUCCUUAGCGUUGAGGAUGACCCCAAGAUGAGACAUUCACUGGCUGUUGGGAAGCUCCAGAGCAACAACGAGUACAAGAAGCAGUUCCAGGAGACACGCUCUCAGUUUAAGAUCCACGCUGACCAACCUGAAUUCCUGCAGGCUAAGAAGAGCCAAGCUCAGCUCAGCAACUUCAACUAUCGCCAGAAGCUUCAUGACUACACCUGCUAUCCUGAUCAGCUCAAUGUCAAACAUGCAAAACAGGCCUACCAACUGCACAGUGAUGUGAACUAUAAAUCAGAUCUGAACUGGAUUAAAGGAGCGGGCUGGACCCCUCCAGGCUCCCAUAAAGUAGAAAUGGCCCGCCGGGCAGCAGAACUGGGCCUGGCUGAAGGAGUGACCACUGACGAGGCUAUUGCUCAGUACCAACAACUGUUGAUGCUCCAGAGACAGCAGCAGUUCCAGGAUCAGCAGCAUCAGUCCACCACCGAGCAGACGGAAACCACACAAGAGUUCCAGCAGCCUGGAGUCAAUCCCGAUGCCAUGGAGAUCCUCCACGUCAAGAGGAAGAAGACCAUUCACACCGCGUUCAAGCAGGCCAAGACCACAAAAUCCAUAACGUCACAGUCUGUUGCAACCCACUCGACCGCAAGUCAGUCUAUAACUAACCAGUCCACCAAAAAACAGUCCAUUACCAGCCAGUCUCAUGCUGACCAAUCCAGCACAAGGGAGAUCAGUCAAAACCGGUCCAUCACAGACCAAGCUGCUGCGAAAUCAGGAACCAUGUAAUCUGGUAUUUUGUCUUUCUUUCUUUUUGUUUUUUUACAUUUAAAUUAUGGACAUCAUCGUGUAUCAGUGGUUCUUAAUUUCUGUCCUGGGGACUCACUGCUCUGCACAUUUUGUGUGUUUACCUAAUGGGUCCCAGGACAGGAGUUAAAAAACGCUUGUUUAGUUAUUGAAAGAUCUAUGACUGGGAUUUUAGAUGAAACUGUAAGUGACACAUGAAUGUGAAGAUGGCUAGAGUAAGUUUGACUGAAGGAUAAACACUGAAAACCAACCAAGCUAAACUGGAAUUAAAUGACAGUUAUUUUGGUUAUGUAGAGGUAUUAAAGUGAUCAGAGCAAGUCGUUUAAAAAGUGAAACGAACAAGGAUGAGUUGGCUAUGUUUGUGAAAAAGUGCCCUCACAACUUUGAUUUUGUUAUUUAAUAAAAAUAUAAACAAGAGUAAGUUGUAAUACCUGGCUGGUCAUAUUAGAUUUGUACAGUAACAAUAUAAAUUGUUGCUCUAGUGAAUUUUAAGGCUGCCUUUUGUGGUGCUAAAAUACAGGAGGUAUAUUUAGAUAAUGGAUGUAUUGUAAAGUCCGACAAGCUGAGCUUCAUGUUAUAUAACUGCAACUCUGCUAGCAGAGUUGAAUGGCUGGAUUGUAAGUAAAUGUGUGAAUUUUGAAACAUGAAAAA